UGAAAAAAGGAGAAAUCCAAUCUGCAAGUGUAGAAGCUGUGGUUUACUUAUCUUUCGCUUUCGUUAUCCUAUGGUUUCGCAUGCAUGCAUUGCUUCUAAAUCAGUCAGUUAAAGAGAGCACAUACCUGUGGCCUAUUGAGCAAUGUCGACCGUCAACGGCUUCCUCACUCCACCCGCCGCCCGUCUAUCACGGCCGGCAGCGGCAUGCCGGCCCAUCACCGCCACCGCGAAGCUUAGCUCUUCCCCUUCUCCGCCGCCCAGCCUCAUCAGAGACGAGCCGUUUUUCGCUGCUCCAGCUCCCAUCAUCCACCCUGCUCCGAGAGAUGAUGACUUGGGAAAAUAUUCAUACGAGGAAGCCAUAGCUGAACUCGAAAGGCUACUAAGUUAUAAGGGAGAACUAGCACCUGCGGCGGCGGCAAAAAUAGAUCAAAUCACAGCGGAGCUGCAGACAGACAAUGGCAGCGCCGCUCUCUCUCCCACUGUUGAAAGAUUGAAGACCGGCUUCCUCACCUUCAAACAUAAGAAAUACAACUUAAAACCAGGAUUGUACAGUGAGCUGGCCAGAGGCCAGACUCCCAAGUAUAUGAUCUUUGCAUGCUCGGAUUCACGCGUGUGUCCAUCGCAUGUACUAAACAUCCAACCGGGGGAGGCGUUUGUGGUUCGAAAUGUUGCUAACAUGGUCCCUGCAUAUGACAAGACCCAAUAUUCUGGAGCAGGCUCUGCUAUAGAGUAUGCUGUUCUGCACCUGAAGGUACAAGAGAUAGUAGUGAUGGGGCACAGCGCCUGCGGUGGAAUCAAGGGGCUCAUGUCCUUCCCAUACGAUGGAUCCUCCUCAACCGAUUUCAUUGAAGACUGGGUGAAAAUCUGCUUACCUGCAAAGGCCAAGGUGACAGCUGAGCAUGGGGACACAGCUUUUGGUGAUCAGUGCGUGCUGUGUGAAAAGGAGGCAGUGAAUGUUUCGCUUGAAAACCUGUUAUCAUAUCCAUUUGUUAGACAAGGAGUGGUGAAUGGAACUCUGGCCCUCAAGGGUGCCCAUUAUGAUUUCAUCAAAGGAAAUCUCGAGCUCUGGGGACUCGAUUGCAGCCUUUCUCCACCUGUAUCUCUAUGAACCUGGAGCCAUUACCAUUGUCAAUGUCACCUAUUUUCCCCUCAUUUCACCUGGUAGUUUCUGCUACAGAAUGCAAGUCCAGUGGUUCCUCCUUUUGUGCUACAGCGCCUUCCUGCAAAGCACACUUAAUCAUGUAAAGUUGUACAUCAGUUAUAAGAGAUUCAAUUCUUCUACGAACCCCUAAAUCUUCUGGCAAGAGCGGAAUAAAAUCAUCGUGCUUUGAGAUA